AUGCUUGCUCAUGAUGAUGGUAAAUCUAGGCCACAACAAUAUCAAAGUUUUUUUAAUGGACCACAAAGUUUUUAUCAACAACAUCAAAUGACGAAUAUCGAUAGUCAAAAAUGGUAUUAUUCAUCAAAUCAAAAACCAUUAGCUUAUUCAUGGUAUUGGACAAAUCAAGAUGUACCAUCAUCAAAUUUUUAUAAAAAUACAUUACCUUCGAAACCAAUUGAUCCAUUAACAAAUGGAGUUUGUGGACGUAGUCAAGUAACGAAUAGAUUUGGACGUAUCAUGGGUGGACAAGAUGUUGUACCUCAUUCAUAUCCAUGGAUGGUUUCAUUAACAAAACGAUCUUUAAAUAAUUUGCAUCUAUGUGGUGGAGUUCUUAUUACAAGACGUCAUGUUCUUACAGCUGCACAUUGUAUAGAAGAUUUUGAUGGAAUUGAUGAUUUAAAUGUUAUAGCUGGUACUCAUUAUACUACUGACAAAAGAAAUCCAGCAUCCGUUAUAUCAAUAACUAUGCAUCCUCAAUAUGAUCCAGACACAUUUGCUAAUGAUGUUGCUAUUUUAACACUCCGUUCACCAUUACCUGAUAAUGAUCUACGUAUUAAUACAAUAUGUUUACCACCUGAUGAUAUUCCAGGUAAAAGUUAUCCACCUAUGAAGAUAGCCGGUGUUGCUAUUGGUUGGGGAUCAACUGCUUUUGGCGGUGACCCGUCAAUAACAUUGAAACAAGUUGUUUUACCGAUUCUUGAUCCAACAAAAUGGCCAUGCACUGUAUAUAUUAGUUAUCUUUCAGGACAAAUCUGUGCAGGACAACUUCAAGGUGGUUCUGAUACAUGCCAAGCUGAUUCAGGUGGUCCAUUAAUGAUAGAAAAUUCAGAUAAUCGUUGGGAAAUUGUUGGUAUAACAUCAUUCGGUAAAUCAUGUGGUAAACCAAAUACACCAGGGAUUUAUACACGUGUAGGUACUUAUAAUACUUUUAUUCGGUCAAUAAUUGGUGUCUCAAAUUAUAGUCCAUAUUAUUCGUCUUCUACUCAGUUAUAUUCUUUGAAUGGAUUUUCAUUCAGUUAUAUUUUAUUGAUAGUAUUUUUUUUAUUUUGA